AUGACCACGCUGCUGCCGGACUCCUUCCAUGUCGCCUCAGUCGGUGCCCAGGCGGACUCCACGCGGCCCAGCUUCCCAGCGCACUCCUUUGGCACCGGGGCCAGAGAGACAGCGAGGCUGAAGGUCUUCCUCUCCAACAAGCUGGAGAAAUCCAAGGCUGGACCGAUUCCGGGCUAG